UAGAAAAGACUAUCUUUGUCGUUUUCAUUUCAGGAGAACAUGCCAAUACAAAAGUUCUAAAAAUCUGUGAUGCAUAUGGGGCAAAUUGCUACCCUGUUCCUGAGGAUAUUAAUAAACAGAGGCAAAUUACUCAAGAGGUGCUGGAAUUCGUCAUAAAAAUAAGGCUCUAACUUCCAUUGGAUGUCAGCUUUGAAGGUGGACUAUCAUGUGUGGCUAUGUAUCAAGAAUCAAAUCCUGCAGUAUGUUCAGUAAUCACGUUUCAUUUCCUUUUCGCUGUUAUGUUCGGAGAUUGGGGCCAUGGAAUAUGCUUGUUAUUGGGGUCAUUAAUCCUUGUACCUUGUGAAAAAAACUUGGAUUUCGGAAACUCGAUAGCAUUAUGGAGAUAGCAUUUGGAGGGCGCUAUGUAAUUCUUUUGAUGGCAUUAUUUUCAAUCUAUUGUGGAUUAAUAUAUAUUGAGUUCUUCUCUGUCCCAUUUCACAUUUUUGGUGCAUCUGCAUUUAAAUGUCGGGAUUCCACUUGCAGGAAGCACAUAUAGGGGAAUGCAUGAUUAAGUAAGGAGACUUCAAUAGGUGGCGCAAAUUUUUGGCAAAAUGAAUCCAUCAGGAAGCAUAAGCUCGACGUGAAGGGAAGUUAAUAUUAUUACAGUUAAUCAUAGAUGGGAGUGCUUUAUAUGGUCAUUCAAGUGUAGAGAAUAUAAAAUAUUAUCACCUUUAUUGAAGAUGGUUCAAAAAGGUGAGAGAAUCAAAUAGAAGAUAAAGAUUGCAAUAUUUGUAUAUGAAAUUUCUUUCAUUCCAUGGAACAAUUUUACAACAUGGACAUAAGCCAGAGGUUAAACAUGAAGACAGGAGAUAAAUAUAAUAAACUUACCUGCCAUUUUUAUUUCUUACUGUGUCAUUUGUUAUUUACGUAUCCAUGAGUCAUGACUUUUCCAUUUUGAUUUUCAGCUUUUCCUUCUUUGACCUUUGAGCUAUCUUCUAAAAACAGCUGUAUCUUGUUCUCCUUGUGCAUUUAUCAUUAGUUUUUGUUCUGUGUGAAACUUAAAUGUAAAAUUUUUGGAAUAUUUGGUCUAUCUAAUUCUCUUUUUAUCAAAUGUUUACCUAAACAGAAUAAAUGAAAUCUAAUCUAGGUUCCUCUUCAGAAAAUCACAUUUUUGAGGAUCUAGAAUUGAUUAAUUGUGAUUCAAUUGGUGAUGCAUAUACUGCUGGUCUUGUAAAGUACCGAGACCCGUACAAGUUUGGUUUGGAUCCCAGCUGGCGAGGAAGCCGCUCUGAACUCCCAUUUCUGAACUCCCUCAAAAUGAAGAUGUCUAUACUGUUUGGUCUAGCUCAGAUGAACUUAGGGAUUAUAUUAAGUUACUUUGAUGCGAAGUUUUAUGGGAACUCUCUUGAUAUUCGGUAUCAAUUCAUACCUCAGAUGAUCUUCCUCAACAGCUUGUUCGGUUAUCUUGCACUCAUUAAGUGGUGCACGGGGUCUCAAGCUGAUUUAUAUCAUGUGAUGGUUUACAUGUUCCUCAGCCCUAUUGAUGAUCUUGGUGACAAUCAGUUGUUUUGGGGUCAAACUACUGCAGCAGAUUGUCCUGUUGCUUCUGGCUCUUGUAGCAGUUCCAUGGAUGCUAUUUCCGAAACCAUUCAUCUUAAGGAGGCUUCACAAAGAGAGAUUUCAAGGUCGUACUUAUGGCAUGCUGGGCACAUCAGAGAUGGAUCUGGAUGUCGAACCUGAUUCUGCUAGACUUAGGCACCACCACGAGGAUUUCAACUUCAGUGAAAUGUUUGUGCAUCAGAUGAUCCAUUCAAUUGAAUUUGUCUUGGGGGCUGUCUCAAACACUGCAUCCUAUCUUCGGCUUUGGGCUCUGAAGUAAAUCAUGGUUGGCCAAUCACUUUUGCAUCUUUAUACCCAAUCGUAUGUUCGGUAAUAUUUUUCUGAUAUGUUUGUUUUCAGCUUGGCUCACUCAGAAUUGUCAACUGUAUUUUAUGAGAAAAUACUUCUCCUUGCUUGGGGGUGAGUCUAAUUCUGAAAGCUUCAUACUUUAAUUUCUUGAUGCUGUUAGUGUCUCAAACGUUUUGUUUGAUCACUUGAUGUGUCAGAGUUAUCCCUCAAAUGUAAUAGUACCCAUAGUAGGCUAGUUGGUGCCUUAGCAUUCAGCAAAUCUAGAUGUCUCAGUAGUUCAAUA